AUGACCCUUCCUAUUGUUAUGGCUCCUCCGGUGAGGUUGAAUGGACACAUGCAUUCACACCGGGACCCAACAAAUUCAACUAAAGCUGCGACGUACGAGGUUGAGCAGAUAAAUACACUGCCCAUGCGUUCCCGCGCAGAGCUGCGCCUCGUAAGAUCACGUACAAGACCUCCACCAACUGCGGAGUGGUGUCGAGUUGGCGAUGAAAGCUACAAUGGUCCAAAGGUCGAUAUUUGGGCACUGGGCGUAUUACUUCACUUCAUGCUGAUUGGAGUCACCCCGUUUCGUGGAGAGACCGUACCAGAGCUGAAAUCGGCUAUUCUCCAAGGCAGUUUCUCUUUACCACUAUACCUGGAACAUUCGUCCCGAAUGCUGAUUGAGAGCAUGCUCGCGAAGGAUCCCUUCAAAAGGCCGAAAAUCGAUGACGUUAGGAAAUCCAUCUGGCUACGAGGAUCUAGGUUCCCCUCCACUUAUGUCAAUUUACGCACCUGCCAAGAAAGUGAGGAGGAAGCAAGGUCUGAGGUGGCGAAGAAGGUGUGGGCUAUCAUGAACAGCUACGGUAUCACAGAGCAGAUGCUUGAAGACUCGAACGAACGUGGCCCACGGAACGCUUUGAUCGGCACUUACCGUAUCGUUCAGUAUCAAGUGCAAACAGCUGUCAAGGAGCAGGUGUGGGCUAUCAUGAACAGCUACGGUAUCACAGAGCAGAUGCUUGAAGACUCGAACGAACGUGGCCCACGGAACGCUUUGAUCGGCACUUACCGUAUCGUUCAGUAUCAAGUGCAAACAGCUGUCAAGGAGCAGGUUCGUCAUUUUAUAAACUGGUCAGAAAUGUUCCAAAAGCAGUUUCUCAUUCGAAAGCGUCUCAGCUACCACUCAGUCAUCACAAGAGUAGUAGGAUAUCAUGCUCCAAUAUCCCGUUAG